UGCAAUGUUAACAUUAAAUCCAAAAAAGAGAAUCACAGCCCAAGAAGCUUUGAAAGUGCCUUGGAUUUGUGACAGACAAAGAGUAGCAUCAAUGAUGCAUCGUCAGGAUACUGUUGAUUGUUUGCGUAAAUUCAAUGCUAGACGUAAAUUGAAGGGUGCCAUCCUAACAACAAUGAUAGCAACUAGAAAUAUGUCAAGUCGAAAUUUGUUGAAUAAAAAAGAUGUGCCGCCAAGUACAAUCAAGGAGUCUACAGAAUCUUCGCAAACUAUUGACGAUUCUGAUGGUUUGGGUACCAGCUCAACAGCAGAUAAAGCAGCUGCAGCUGCGCGUAUUCAACAUGAAAAUACAGUUGUUGAGCGAGUGCCCAACAACAAUAAGGGCCACCAAAAUUCACCACUGGCUCCGAUUAGUGGUGGAAUGAAUGCAACAAUUGUUGGUGUUGGCAAUUACUACAAUUCUGCUGCUGGAGCUACAACUGCUUCUGCUGCCUCAUCACCUGCUCCACCUCUUCCCGCACGCGCUUCCCCAAUUCUUUCUGCACAAAAACAAGAAAUUGUUCGAGUAACUCAACAAUUGUUAGAUGCAAUUUCUUGCAAAGAUUUUGAUUCUUUUUCAAAAUUAUGUGACCCAAACCUUACUUGUUUUGAACCAGAAACUUUGGGAAAUCUUAUUGAAGGAAUGGAUUUCCAUAAAUUUUAUUUUGUUAAUGGACCACAAAUUUUACCUGGUUCUGAUAAACAACAUCAAAUACACACUACUCUAUUAAAUCCAAAUGUUCAUUUAAUGGGUGAUGAAGGAGCUUGUAUUGCCUAUAUUCGAUUAACACAAUAUAUUGAUAGAUUUGGAGAGGCACGUACCUGUCAAGCGCAAGAAACCCGUGUUUGGAAAAAAAGAAAUGGAAAUUGGUAUUGCAUUCACACACAUCGUUCUGGUGCUGGAGAAUUGUCUUGUGUUUUUGCUGGAAGUAGUGGAGGGGGAAGUGCACAAACACCUCCAUUACAACAAAAUUCUUCUUACCAAAAUUUCCAUUAAAAAUAAUUUUAAAAAAAUGUUUUUUGCGCUAGAAUUUUUCAAAGAAUACCACAA